AUGCCGCACCCGCGCUUCCCUCAGAUCGAGAUCCAAGAGCUCCGCGACGACUUCAUUCGCUUCGAGUUGUCCGAGACCGAUGCCAGCGUGGCGAACGCGAUCCGCCGGGUCAUGAUCGCCGAGGUGCCGACGUUGGCGAUCGACCUCGUGAGCAUCGAGGUCAACAGCUCCGUCAUGACGGACGAGUUCUUGGCCCAUCGUCUCGGCAUGAUCCCGCUCAACUUUGACGGCGGUCUAGAGAACUUCAGUCAGCGCUUUGUCUACUCGCAGGACUGCGACUGUGACGAGAACUGCCCGAACUGCAGCGUCGAGUUUACGCUGGACGUCACGGCCGACAGUGGCGUCGUGUCGGUGACGACCGAGGCGCUCAAGUCGUCGGACCCCUACAUCCGCCCCGUCAAUUUUUCUUCCGAGGAAGAGCUUAAUAAUACUCAAGACAGCGGCGUGAUCAUUGCGAAGCUCGGUCCCGGUCAGAGACUGCGUCUCUCGGCCAUUGCUAAGCUAGGCGUGGGCAAGGAGCAUGCCAAGUGGUCCCCCGUGGCUGUUGCAACGUACAUGUACGACCCGAUCAUUACGCUGAAUCAAACCGUGCUCAGUACGUACACACCCGAGCAGAAGGCAGAGCUGUACAAAUGCUGUCCGACGGAAGUGUACGAGACGGACGAGAACUACGACCAGUUUACGGUAGCAGAUGCGAUGCGAUGUAUGUACUGCGACGAGUGUGUGAAGCUGGCUGACUCGUUCAAAGACAACCCGGAAGACGACUCGGCCGUGACGGUACGUAUGCGAGAAGACAAGUUUAUUUUCUCGGUUGAGACUACAGGACAGUUGAAGCCCGAAGAAGUGGUCAUAUGUGCACUAGACUUGAUCCGCGAGAAGUUGUCAUCGCUGAAGCAUCAGUGCUUGGAGCUCAGUCAGGACGAUCAGGGUUCGUCAGCGCCCAUCACACCGUUCGGAUAG